GGAAGUCAGGCAUCGUUUGGUUUUACCCCUCUUCCUCGGUCCAACCCCCCAGAUCGUUACCCUGACGUUUCGGGAUACAGCCAUGGCUUCUGAAGGUUCAAAGGACCUCCCUGUCAGGCCCGCCGCCGACGCCAAACCUGCUGGUGAGACUGUCUGCCCCGCCAAAUGCCACCAUGACCCCUCCUUACCAGUUGACAGCGCCAGGUGCCGGCUCUCUCCCCGAUUUCAUCAUUGAGCGCAACAAUCUGUUCGAGGAACUGUGGCAGCAAUCUCUCGAGGAAACCAAGAACAAGCCCCACCCUGAAAUCAACGUCACCCUGGAGCUUGGUGAUGGAAACUCUAUCAAUGUCACCGCGAACGCCUGGGAAACCACCCCCGCACAGCUUCUGAAGAACGUGCCCAAGGAGUUGAGCGCCAAUGUUGUUCUCGCCAGGGUUGGCAAGGAGCUCUGGGAUUUGGGCCGUCCGUUAGAGGGCGAAUGUACCGUUUCUUACGUUCCCUUCGACCACCCCGAGGGCCGGGAGGUUUUCUGGCACUCUAGCGCGCACACUCUGGGCGAGGCCUGUGAGUGCGAAUUCGGAUGUCUUCUUUCUCAUGGGCCUCCUACUCCCCAGGGCUUCUUCUAUGACAUGGCUAUGCCGGACAACCGUGUCGUCAGGGAAUCCGAUUGGUCGUCGUUGGACAGCAGAGCCUCCCGCAUCUUCAAGGAAAAGCAGAGCUUCGACAGACUGGAGGUUACGAAAGAGAAUCUCAAGAAGAUGUUCGCGUACAGCAAGUACAAGUUGCACUACAUCGAUAAGCUGGUGACCGGAGAGAAGAGCACUGUCUACAGGUGUGGUACCUUGGUCGAUCUGUGCAGGGGCCCUCAUAUUCAGAGCACCGGCAAGAUCAAGACCUUCAAGAUCAUGCAGAACUCUUCCGCUUACUUCCUCGGUGACCAAACCAACGACUCCUUGCAACGUAUUCGCGGUGUUGCUUUCCCCGAUAAGAAGCAGAUGCAGGAACACUUGAAGUUUUUGGAAGAGGCGGAGAAGCGCAGCCACCUGAAAAUUGGCAAGGAACAAGAGCUUUUCUUCUUUGACGAAGCUUCCCCGGGAUGCCCUUUCCUCUUGCCCAACGGUACCAAGAUCUUCAACGCUCUCCAGUCUCUUUUGCGCUCAGAGUACCGCAAGCGGGGCUACCAGGAGGUUCAGACCCCCAACAUGUAUGAUGUCAGCCUCUGGAAGACGUCCGGCCACUGGGCCCACUACAAGGACGACAUGUUCAAGGUCAACGUUGAGAAGAAGGAGUGGGGUCUCAAGCCUAUGAACUGCCCUGGUCACUUCCUGCUCUUUGGCCACCGUGAAAGAAGUUACAGAGAACUUCCUCUCAGAAUCGCCGACUUUGGUGUCUUGCACAGAAACGAAGCGUCCGGCGCCCUGAGUGGUCUUACCCGUGUCCGCAAGUUCCAGCAGGAUGACACCCACAUUUUCUGUACCGAGGACCAGAUCAUGUCGGAAAUCGAGGGUCUAUUCGACUUCCUGCAGGCCAUCUACGGCCUGUUUGGCUUUACUUUCAAGCUGAAACUUUCCACCCGCCCCGAGAAGUACUUGGGUGAACUGGAGACCUGGAACAACGCCGAGACCCAGCUCAAGGCAGCCAUGACUAAGUUCAAGGGCAAUGACUGGAUUAUCGACGAGGGCGACGGUGCCUUCUAUGGACCGAAGAUUGACAUCACUAUCGCUGAUGCCCUUAAGCGAGAGUUCCAGUGCGCCACGAUCCAGCUUGAUUACCAGGCACCUAUCAACUUCAAGCUCGAGUACAUGUCGAAUGAGAAGGCCGAGAAGGCCGAGAAGGCCCCGGUGACCGAUGAGGCCGGUAAGGAAGGUGAAACCAAGCCCAGCGCGCCUGGUUCUGGCCGCGCCCGCCCCGUCGUCAUCCACCGUGCCAUUAUUGGCAGCUUUGAACGUUUCCUUGGAAUCUUGAUCGAGCACUUUGGCGGCAAGUGGCCUUUCUGGCUCAGCCCUCGUCAAAUCCUGAUCGUGCCCGUCAUGCCCGCUGUCAACGACUAUGUUGAGGAGCUGCAGACGAUCCUGCGCGGCGACAAGCUGAACGUGGACAUCGACAUCAGCGGCAACACCAUGCAGAAGAAGAUCCGUACUGGACAGCUUCAACAAUAUAACUUCAUCUUCGUUGUUGGCGCCUCCGAGAAGGAGAGUCGCACGGUCAACAUCCGUAACCGUGAUGACCCGGCCACCCAGAAGAUGGGCGUGAUGGUUCCUCUUGAGGAGGCCCGCGAGAAGCUCCGGGCUCUGCGGAAGGAGCGGAGACUGGUCAACUCUCUGUAAAGAAACCCAUUCUUUCCUACUUCCUGCUUAUCAUCUGCAUUCCGGCAUCUGCAUUGCUUGAUCAAGGACACUAGAGAUCUACGUGUCGAUAUACCAUGGUUUAGAGACUAGAUCAUAAGAGGCCAUGCGGGUAUUGAUGUUAGGUUAGUUGAAAAGAACAGACCAAGUACUGAGCAGAUGAACGAACGAGCUUCGGGGGGUUGUAUUUCUUUCUAGGUGUAUAGUACCUAUAGCUUUCUGGGCAAAAGUGCACUUGAACCAUGGCAGACGGUGAUAUUUUAGACUUGCUAGGGCGUUAGAGUUAGUGAUUGUUUACCUGAGCGUCAAUAAUUCAUGAAUUCGGU